GAGGAGGCGAUGAGAGGAAGCUGCAAUAAACACACAGGGCGUCUGCGCCUAUCUAAAUAGGACAAUAAAGUGAAAACGGUAUCAAUGCUCUAACAAUGGAUUUGUCACAUAUGGUUCUCCUCAAAGUUUUUCUCUUCGUGUACUUACUAAAUUGCACCGAAGGACAGUUUAGGAAUCCUCUGAAUAAGUACAUCCGUCACUAUGAAGGCCUGUCCUACAACACAGAGCUAGUUCACAGCAAACAUCAGAGAGCCAAGAGGGCCCUCUCUCAUGAAGACAAGUUCCUUCAUUUAGAUUUUCAUGCCCAUGGAAGGCAUUUUAAUUUACGAAUGAAGAGGGACACCACCUUGUUUUCCCCAGAUUUGAAGGUGGAAAUUUCAGGAGAAGAGAUUCCAUAUGAUACCUCUCAUAUCUACACUGGAGAAAUAUAUGGUGAGAAAGGUACCCUGACUCAUGGCUCCAUUGUGGAUGGUAAGUUUGAAGGCUUUAUACAGAGCUACCAUGGCACGUACUAUGUGGAGCCUGUUGAGAGAUAUCUGGAGGGCAAAGACGUGCCGUUCCACUCUGUCAUCUACCAUGAAGACGAUAUACACUAUCCACACAAGUAUGGCCCAGAUGGGGGCUGUGCUGAUAGCUCUGUGUUUGAAAGGAUGACAAAGUACCAAGCCUCAGCUGUAGAAGAUCCAGCCAAGGAGCUCCACACUGAGGCUGACUCUAACAACCUUGUACUGCUGAGGAAAAAGAGGAUGGCCCAGGCUGAAAAAAACACCUGCCAACUUUUCAUUCAGACUGACCACCUCUUCUACAAGUACUACAAAACCCGAGAAGCUGUCAUAGCUCAGAUCUCCAGUCAUGUGAAGGCCAUUGACGCCAUCUAUCAGGGCACAGACUUCAUUGGGAUUCGUAACAUCAGCUUCAUGGUGAAAAGGAUCAGGAUCAACACUACCAGUGAUGAGAGAGACAGGUCCAACCCAUUCCGCUUUGCCAACAUCGGUGUGGAGAAGUUCCUGGAGCUGAACUCUGAGCAGAACCACGAUGACUACUGCUUGGCCUACGUUUUCACUGACAGAGAUUUUGAUGAUGGGGUGUUGGGAUUGGCCUGGGUGGGAGCACCCUCAGGGAGCUCUGGAGGCAUCUGUGAAAAAAGCAAGCUGUACUCUGAUGGAAAAAAGAAGUCUCUUAACACGGGUAUAAUCACUGUACAGAACUACGCCUCCCACGUACCUCCAAAAGUCUCGCAUAUCACUUUUGCACAUGAAGUAGGACACAACUUUGGCUCUCCGCAUGACUCUGGAUCUGAGUGUACCCCAGGAGAAUCCAAAAGCCAAGACAUGAAGGAAAAGGGCAAUUAUAUCAUGUAUGCAAGAGCCACAUCAGGAGACAAACUCAACAACAAUAAGUUUUCCACCUGCAGUAUUCGCAACAUCAGCCAGGUGCUGGACAAAAAGAGAGGCAACUGCUUCGUUGAGUCUGGCCAGCCCAUCUGUGGGAAUGGCCUUGUCGAACUGGGAGAAGAGUGUGAUUGUGGCUACAGUGAUCAGUGCAGGGACCAAUGCUGCUAUGAUGCCAACCAGCCUGACAACAAGAAAUGUAAAUUAAAGCCCAACAAAGUCUGCAGCCCCAGCCAGGGUCCAUGUUGUACUUUUGAGUGUACUUACAAGGGUCGCAACGAGAAGUGCAGAGAGGAGUCUGAGUGUGCUCACCAGGGCAUGUGUAAUGGGGUCAGCGCCAUGUGCCCCACUUCGGAGCCCAAGGCCAACUUCACCGCCUGCCAUGGAGAAACUCAAGUCUGCCUCAACGGGGGCUGCUCCGGCUCCAUCUGCGAGAAGUAUGGGCUUGAGGCGUGCACUUGUGCCAGCCAAGAUGGCAAGGAUGAGACGGAGCUUUGUCAUGUUUGCUGCAUGGAAAAGAUGAACCCCAACACGUGCAGCAGCACAGGAUCAGAGCGACUGGCUCGUUUCUUCAAUAAAAAAGUAACCACGCUCCCAGCCGGCUCACCUUGCAACGAUUUCAAGGGCUACUGCGAUGUGUUCAUGAAGUGCCGACUGGUGGAUGCAGAUGGACCACUUGCCAGGCUAAAAAAGGCCAUCUUCAACCCAGAGCUCUAUGAGAACAUUGCAGAGUGGAUUGUGGCUCAUUGGUGGGCAGUGCUACUUAUGGGAAUCGCCCUCAUCAUGCUCAUGGCUGGUUUCAUUAAAAUCUGUAGUGUACAUACACCGAGCAGCAACCCUAAACUUCCCCCUCCAAAACCACUUCCAGGCACUUUGAAGAGACGACGAGCGCAGCAGCACGCUAACUCCCAGGUGCAGCAUCAGUCCCAGCACCCGCACUCCCAUCAGCACGGACACGGCGGACAUGGUGGUCAGCGGCAAUCCAGGGGACAGCCCCAGCGGCAGGCACAACCCCAGAGGCACCACCGUCAGCCCAGAGAGAACUAUCAGAUGGGCCAGAUGAGACGCUGAGACCCUCCACCCAGUCCCCCACCCCCCCAAUGCCUUGGCUCCUCCUUGUGCCUACAGAGGGAAACAAAAGCGUCACUCCAUCCAAAGAAAAGCCUGACAUGGUUGCUCAUCAUAUCCUCCUUCUACAGACAAACCACACACGGAGAAAACAAAACACUAUUUCACAACUCGUUUGGCUCUUUGUGGAGUGGACUCAACCAUCAGCCAUUUCCAAUGCAGUGCAACCAAGCAUUGUUUCCAUUCUAGUUUUUUUUCUUCUUUUUUCUUUCAUUUUUUUAAGGAGUGCCAAGGAGUUUAAGAAUCAUGUGUAGCUUCUACAUUCUGUGAUGUGAUUUUUCGUUGUAUUGCAACGUCUUUUUUGAGUGACAACCCCAUGGCUGCUGGUGAAUUGUUCUGUGCUUUUCUUUCGCCAUUCUAGCCAGGAAUGAGAGACACUCCGUGGGGAUUUGCGGCACUUUUGUGAUUUCCACAUGUCAAACGGCAAAAGACACAGACUCCGGUCUCCCGUGCAGACAGUCUUCUGCAUGUGACUGUAAAUAUUUAGUGUAUCAUAAGUGAAAACAAACUAUUUCUUCUAUUGUAAAUGUGUAAUUCUUCACUUAUUUUUCUUUUUAUGUCUUUUUUUUUGGUUAGUGCUCUCAGGAUUCUUAACACAUAAAUGAAGGAGCGAUGGUUGUCAUGGGUACCUUGGACAUUGCAGUUGAGUUCUCUUUACAGUCUAUUCAGGUGGAUCUCUUUCACGUCUUAUUAGAUAUCUAGGUUUUAAUUUUUAACAACAAGGUUGUCAUGUCCCACCUUUCCCCCUUCCCCAUCUUUUUUUUUAUUUUAUUGUUUGGCUACAAUAACAUUUUACCCAUGUUGUGCAACAAGGAAGAGGACGUAUAGCGUUAUGGGAACAGAAAGGGAAGAUCAACUAGUUUGGCACAUUUUCUGUCUUUAGCAUUUUGUUUUUGAUAAUGAAUGAAAACCACUAACAAGCUGAUGAUAUUCAGAUAUGAAGAGGAGGGGAAGUGAAGGCUGCUGUGGAUUAGUGUAGAAAUGAGAGCGUGUCAUGUUACAGAGUUAGUUUAAAUGAGUGUGGAAAUAAAUUUUUAAAAUGACUAAAAAUGUAAGAUUAAGUCAUUCUAUUCUUCAGAUAUCGAAUCUAAGAACUUUUCAAUGUGGGCAUGCAGACACAUUUAUUAAAUGUGACUAUUAAUUGACCAAGGUCUGUACUAUUUGUAUGUCACUCAACACUAUUUACUUUGACAGCUAUUAAUGUUUGUCUUAAAACACCUGGAAAGAGAAGCAUUAUGCAGCAGUAUUGUCGCAUUUUUCACUAACAUAUUCCUGUGUGUUCAUUUCAACCGCAGGAAGCAAGCAGCUGUUUGAUCUGUAUGUUUUUUCACACCUUUAAAAACCCUGCAGCUAUCUCCAGGUUGCUUCUCAUCGAGGACUGAAUCCCCUAAAGAGCUCAUGAGUGCAGGAUGUUUACAUCAGAGUGCCAUAAAUCUUUAUAGAGGGAAUCUCUGUGCGCAGGUUUUCUGAAAUGCAGGAAGCACCUGGAAGAGAAUGAAUGGAAAGGGAUGUGACUGUUUUUGUGGGAUUGUGUGACCUCAGGUGCUUUCUUCCUUCACUGCAGCAAAGG